ACUCUUCACUGACACUCUGGUUGCGCGCGCACGGCAGCGGUUAUCCGGUACCGUGGACGCUACGCGCGCACGCUUCUGGCUCACGGUCACGGACCGUUUGGAGCCGAUCCCGGUUCGCGCUCGUCCCGUGUGACCCGUUCAGAGCAAGCUGCUGGGCUCGGGUUUCUGCUUCCGGUCCGUUUUCGGGGAGGAUCCCUGAGUUUGGCGCUGACGCACGCACACGCACGCAGCGACAGUCCCGCAGACAUGGCGCAGUACUCAGACCUGGAGAAGGCCAUCAACACCUUUGUCACCCAGUUCCACUCUGCUUCAGCCGACAACAGUCCGACACUGAAAGUGGACGAGUUCAAAAAUCUUCUGACCUCCCAGCUGCCCGGCUUGGCUCAGUUGACCAACACAGAAGGAGGUCUGACCAACAUUCUGGAGAAGAUGGGUGUCCAUCAGGGUGAAGGAAUCUCCUUCAGUCAUUUCUGGGGCUUGAUCCAGGAUCAGUGCACCAGCCAGUACUCCAAGAUCCCUCAAGUUGCCAAGUGCCAGUGCUGCAUCGUGCAGUGAAGACCCAGAGCGUCCACUGGGGGGAGCUGUCUCAUCUUUUCCACUUUCUGCACCUUCUAAUCCACAGAUUCAACAUGUUUGAAUAAAGUCUAUCUUUUAAAUGCUU